UUGUGACGUCUCUGUGAAGUGUUAGCCAAUGGGAAUUCGGGAAAGUUUGAGUUUGAUUCUGGGUUUUGGCGAGUGAGGGUCCGGGACCGCGGCUGCUGGGCGGAUCUGUGUCAGGAGGAGUACUGCCUGUCCAGCACUGAGGGCGCGACGGGGAAAGGAGAGAAUUUGUGAUAUAUCUUUAUGAAAGUGCUAAUGGAAUUGUCACUAUGGAUGAUUUAGAACGAAACACCUUUGAUUCUGAGGCGGAAGAAAUACUAUAUUGGAAAAGUCUGGCAACAAACUAUAGGAAAUGUGCCAGAGAAGCCCAGGAAGAACUGAAUGAGUUUCAAGAGGCCAGUCGGGAAUAUGAAGCGGAGCUAGAGGCACAACUCCAUCAAACUGAGGGCAGGAACAGAGAACUCCUCUUGGAAAAUAACCGUUUACGUAUGGAUCUGGAGUCUAUAAAGGAGAAGUAUGAAGAACAGCAUGCUGGCAGCUAUAUACAGAUCUCCACACUAGAAAGUGAUCUUUCUCAGACCAAAGCCGUCCAAAACCAACUGCAGAAAUAUGUUCGUGAACUGGAGCAAGCCAACGAUGAUUUGGAAAGGACGAAGCGAUCUACCAUCACGUCAUUGGAGGAUUUUGAGCAGCGUUUAAAUCAGGCCAUUGAAAGAAAUGCAUUCCUUGAAAGUGAGCUUGAUGAGAAGGAAAAUCAUCUUGAAUGUAUCCAGAGGUUGAAAGAUGAAACCCGAGACUUAAGACAAGAGCUAGCAGUUCAGCAUAAGCAGGAGAAAGUGAAACCUGUUACAAAUGAUGGCCCAGAAGCUGAACGCAUAGAUACAGCUGUCCAAGCUUCUCCAUCUCUUCCAUCAACACCUGUCGGUCACCGAGGGUCAAUAUCUGGAUUAAGCUUGCCAAUGCAAUUCAGAACAUGUUUGGAUGAAGGGUACAGUGGCAGUGGCACACCAUUAACACCUUCCGCACGCAUAUCUGCAUUGAACAUUGUUGGGGAUCUUCUUAAAAAAGUUGGGGCAUUGGAGUCCAAGCUAGCAUCGUGCAGAAACUUUGUUUAUGAACAAUCCCCAAACAGACUGGUGUCUCCCUUGUCGGCUCGCAUGAACAAGACAAGAGAAAGCAGUGAGAACAGGCUCAGCAUGUCUGUGUCACCAGCGGAAAAAGGGUUAAUUAGACGACUGGAGUAUGGAUCGGUGUCUCAAAAUAUGCCUGUGCAAGGGAUGCACUCACCUCAAGGCGUAGUCAAGAUGAUACUGUAGGACGUUUAGCGACCAUAAACUUAACUUAUUGAUUUUAGUAGCAUUGAAUCGGGUCAAGAAAGAAGCUUGCACAGGAAAUGUUAGAAAGGAUCUUGCUAGUCUGUAAUAAUGUUCCACGCAGGAACCAAAAGAAACCAAUAAUGGUGAUCAUGCACUGUAGUUGCUUCAACUGAUUUGUUUCACUUUGUGGUGUUUUUAUAACAGAUCCUUAUUUUGAAGAUGGUGUUAAAGUAGAGUGACCAUAUUAUCCCUUUUAUCUGGGACGCUCAUGGAUUACACAGUUUCUGUGGCCGAUUAAAACCAGCUGAAUUGUAGGCUUGAAGUCAGCCAGCCACAGAACCUGUGUAAUCCUUGAGCGUCCCAGGUAAAAGGGAUAAUAUGGUCACACUCUAGUUAAAGGAUCUACCUCUAGUACAGAGGUUCUCAAACGUGGUCCUCAAGGCACCCCAAUGGUCCAGGUUUUAAGUAUAUCCACACUUAGCCACUGGUGACUUAAUGAUUUUACCAUCUGUGCUGGGCCUUGGAGAAAAAUAAAACCUGGACUGUUGGGGUUCCUUGAGGACCGUGUUUUAGAACCUCUGCUCUAGUAGUUAAUGUAUGUGCACAUAAAUGAUAAGAAUGUCUUCUAAAGUAAACUGUAAAUCUAGGUACUGGGUGCACUCCUCUUUAAAGUUGUACAUUUAAAAUAGAAUUAAUACAAUAUAUUGGGUACAGAUUUAGUUGCAACUGUCGAAAAAACUAAAUAACCCAAGCCAUCAUGUAGUGGACUGUUAAAUAGCCCCGUAACAAGUUCUCAUUAGAAAGAGAUCACUGAGUAGAUUCAUUUUACUUUUUUUUUUUUUUUUACUUUUCGCCCGUCCCUCCUUUUCUGUUAUGCCUGGACAAAUUAAUCUCUUUCUUGAGUCUGUUCUACAACACUUAUCUGAUUUGUGUACAGUAUCCAUAAUUUUGGUAAAAUAAGUUUGAGCAAGGUUUGUGACUUUUUUUUUUAGAAUGUUUAGCUGGUUUCCAAACACUUAUAUGCACAGAAACGAGGCCUCCACUGCCGCCUCCAGCAUGUCUGUUGGUAUUCCUUUCCACGCACACAUUCUAUGUAUACAGCUGUAAAAGUGUACUUAGUGAAUGUUUAGAUCAGUGCUAUAGCUGUAAGUGUAGAGCAGGUUACAUUUCACGUGUUUCAGCCACCUCAUGCAGAUCUGCAGGGCUAAUUACACAUCUAUAUUCUUGAAUCAUGAGGGGUCUCCUCAUGUUUUCAAGCUUUAUAACCUUUUUACGUGUACUCUGUUAAUGUUUUGCCAUUUUUUACUACUUACCUGUGUUAUAAUCUAAGAAUGUGCAGAUAAUUUAAUGAAGGCAUCAAAGAUUACAUCUCAUAAUUUUGUUA